CAGUCUGUGGUCUGUACUGACAGUACAUGCCAGUUAUCCGCUCGAGUAACACGCAUCUCCGACCAAUGCCGCGAAACUAUCGCUCGAGAGUCAAAUUUAAGUAAUUCACUAUUAACGGGAAUUGCCAACAAAUGGGAUAGAGAAUUCAUAAAAUUUAAUAUUGACAUUUUUAUAUUAAAUACUUGUCAGUAUAAACAGUUGAAAUAUCGCUCGUGCUUGCCUAUUGAAACUAUUUAGUGUGAUAUUAGUUUUUAAGUUAACGAUUUUAAUUUGUGUUGUGACUUUUGUGUUAAUUUCUCGUCUUAAUUAAAUUAAUGGAGGAACAAGGAGAAAACAAGGAUCGAGUACAGCGGGUGCCCUUCGAGACAGCCCUACAUUACGCCGGUUAUGGCUGGUUCCAAUGGCUGCUGCUGAUGUCAUGCGGUGCCAUAUACGCGGUCUGCGCACUCAGCACCACAACCCUGAGCUUCGUGCUGCCGGCAGCUGAAAAUGACUUCGAGUUGUCUUCCAGUGACAAAGGGAGUCUGACUGCCACGCCUCUCAUAGGGAUGUGCGUGGGGUCAUAUUUCUGGGGCAAUUUAGCUGACGCCCGGGGCCGUAAGAAGGCCAUCAUCGGAGCCCUACUACUGGACGCCCUUGCAGCUUUCCUCUCCAGUGUUGUUCAGUCAUUUCCAGCCUUUUUGGCUUGCAGAUUCUUCUCCGGUUUCGGCAUCAUCGGUGCCACGGGGCUCAUCUUCCCGUACUUCGGGGACUUCCUCUCGCUGCGUCAUAGAGACGUGAUGCUGUGCCGGCUGGAAGUGUUCUGGACCCUCGGCACUAUACUUCUGCCGGGUAUCGCGUACGGCAUCAUCAGAGGCGAGACCUUCAACCUGACUGCAGAAGGCUCAGACUUCAAGUACAGUUCGUGGCGGGUGUUCGUCGCAGCCUGCGGCAUCCCCAGCCUCCUGGUGGUGCUACUUCUCAUCCCCUUCCCGGAGAGCCCCCGGUACUUGCUUCAUGCGAACAGAGCUGAGCAGGCGCUACAUGUUCUGCAGAAAAUCUUCGUCGUGAACACUAAGUUGAAUGAAAAAGACUUCCCUAUUGAAUCGAUGAUAAGCGGAGGUGAUGGUGAUGAAGAGGAAGUGGUAUCAGCAGAUAACAACGGCAAUGAGACGAAAGCUCCCCUGACCUGGAACCAGCGUUGGCAAGCCUUUUGGAUCCGAAAGAAGAUGCUGGUGACUCCGCCGUACAUAGGCCUCCUGGUGCUCUGCUGUUUUGUUGACUUCGGUCUUAUGUUCAGUUACUACACAUUAAUGAUGUGGUUUCCGGAUCUGUUCGAGAGAUUCAGCCAGUUCUCGUCUCUGUACCCCGACGUGUCUGCCGGAGUGUGUGAGGUCUCACUCAAAGUCCGAAACGAAUCUAAUAAUUUGCUGAGCAAAUCCGAGUCCCUGGAUGAUAAUGUAUAUACGCACACGUUACUUGUCGCUCUGAGCUGUCUGCCUACAGCUCUGUGUCUUGGUAUUACCAUCAACUUAGUGGGCAAGAAGCUUAUGCUUGUGAUGAUGCUUAUCAGUUCGGGCCUGGCUGCACUUGGUUUGAACUUGGUGCGCUCCUCGCUCGAGAACCUGAUCCUCUCCUGCGUAUUCGAGGCGAUAGUCAGCUGCACAGAAGCUGUGCUGUUCUGUGUUAUUUGUGAAAUAUUCCCCACCAAAGUUGCUGCGACCGCAAUGGCGGUGACGGUGAUGUGUGGCCGCGUGGGUGCCAUCGUCGGCAACGUGGUGUUUGGCGCGCUGGUCGACCACCACUGCGUAGUGCCUAUCUACAUGUUUGGUACUUUCCUCAUAACGAGUGGACUAUUGUGUAUAAUCCUGCCGAAGAGCACGAGACCGGAGCGGCCGCAGUAACAAUUUUGCGGAUAUUAAUUACUGUUGUAUUUUUAUAUGAUUAAAAUUAUUAUAUUACA